AUAGCCGACCCCGCGGUAAGAGGAGCCAACAUGGCCGACCCCGCGGUAAGAGGAGCCAGCUGCGGGAACACCAGCAUAGCGACGCAGGGAAAGUGAGACGGGGGACAUGAUGAUGAUGAUGACAUACUCCAUGGUCCCGGUAAGAAUCCUCCAAAAAUAUUUACUACAUUAAUUAUAGACAGUAUGUUAUAGUUAUUUAUAUUAGGUUAUAGUUAGUAUAGUAGGUUAGUUAUAGUUAGUUAGUAGGUUAGUUAUAGUUAGUUAUAGUAGGUUAGUUAUAGUUAGUUAUAGUAGGUUAGUUAUAGUUAGUUAUAGUAGGUUAGUUAUAGUUAGUUAUGAGGUUAGUUAUAGUAGUUAUAGUAGGUUAGUUAUAGAUAGUAGGUUAGUUAUAGUUAGAUAGUAGGUUAGUUAUAGUUCAUAGGUUAUUCAGUAGGUACUGUAGGAGUAAGCUUAAGAGGUAGUAAGUGAUGAGAGGUAGUUCAAGGUAUAGUCAGGGAUGGAGAGGUAGCUUCCAAGGACAAGGUCAGUAUGGACCUGGUAGUAUAGUGUAUGUGGUAUAGUUGUUAGAGGUUAUUUGUGUUAGUGGUUAGAAGUGUACCCCAGAGGCCUAGUAGUAGAUACUAGGUAGAAGUGCUAAGAGGUAGUUGAGUCAUAGGAAGGUUAUAGAGGAGUAUAUGCCGAUCGGGUAUUAGUAGUAGGUAGUAAGGGUUAGUCUAGUGGCCGAGGUGUUAAGAGUAUAGUCAGUAGUCUACCGUUAGUAUAGUAGGUAGUUAUAGUUGAUGUAGGUUCGAUCCGUAGUUAAGAGGAGUCAGUAUUGGUAGUACCGGUUAGUAGUAGCAGCUGGAGACAGUAGUAAGCGACAGUCAGAAACGUUGUAAGACGGUGUAAUGUAUGAUGGUAUGAAGUACUUCAUGUCGGUAGAAUCUCCAGAAUAUUUAUACAGUUAGAUAGGUUUAUGUUAUAGUUAGUUUAUAUUAGUUAUAGUUAGUUAUAGUUAGUUAUAGUAGGUUAGUUAUAGUUAGUAUAGUAGGUUAUUUAUAGUUAGUUAUAGUAGGUUAGUUAGUUAGUUAUAGUAGGUUAGUUAUAGUUAGUUAUAGUAGGUUAGUUAUAGUUAGUUAUAGUAGGUUAGUUAUAGUUAGUUAUAGUAGGUGUAGUUAUAGUUAGUUAUAGUAGGUUGUUAUAGUUAGUUAUAGUAGGUUAGUUAUAGUUGUUAUAGUAGGUUGAUAGUUAUAAGUAGUUAUAUAGUUAGUUAUAGUGUUGUUAUAGUUAGUUAUAGUAGGUUAGUUAUAGUUAGUUAUAGUAGGUUAGUUAUAGUUAGUUAUAGUAGGUUAGUUAUAGUUAGUUAUAGUAGGUUAGUUAUAGUUAGUUAUAGUAGGUUAGUUAUAGUUAGUUAUAGUAGGUUAGUUAUAGUUAGUUAUAGUAGGUAGUUAUAGUUAGUUAUAGUAGGUUAGUUAUAUAGUUGUGUUUAUAGUAGGUUAGUGUAUAGUUAGUUAUAGUAGGUUAGUUAUAGUUAGUUAUAGUAGGUUAGUUAUAGUUAGUUAUUGUAGGUUAUAGUUAUAGUAGGUUAUUUUUGUAAUUUAGUGGUAGUGAGUGCAUUCGUUUUUACUACUUAUUUCCAGUACUGAUCCCCCGUGGGAAUCGAACCCACAAAACCCUGUUGUUGCAAGCGCCAAUGCGCUAUCAACUGAGCCACAUUGGAUCAUACCAUGGAUCAUACCAUUGGAUCACACCAUUGGAUCAUACCAUGGGUUAUGUGGUAUGUGCAGUAUAAACUGUAAGAAGACUGUGACCAGCUAGGAAUGUCAUGGCUUGAGUAUUGGGUUUUCUCAUGCAUGUGUAUCAUCUAUGUCCAACUGUGAAUGCAUAUGAAAAGGAUAGGAGAUCGGGAAAGUUUAAAACUGAUUACAGAACUUCAAGUUAUUAGAGAGGUUUUUUUAACAGAGGAAGGAAUAUUCUCCACAUGUCCAGUCAUCUCCUCUUCUCAGUCUUCUGGGAUUAGCAGAAAUGUCCUUCCCACGCCAAUAAUAAUCACAACCGAAGUCUCUGGAUAUAUGAUUAAGAGGAGGAAAACUGAGGAUGCGUCUGAAAUUGAACCCUUUAUAGUGCACUACUUUCAGCGUUAUGGGGUCCUGGUCAAAAGUAGUGCACUAUAAAGGGAACAGGGUGCCAUUCGGGGCGCAGCCUGAGCGUUUUUCCAAGUGGUGUUUCCUGGAGAAGUAGGAAAAAACUCGGAGCAUGACAGGCUGUCGUUGGAUUAGUAUGGCAGAGUACCAAGCCACUGAAUGUGUCCCAAAUUGCACCCUAUUCCCUAUGUAGUGCACUGGGUUACUGGUCAAAAGUAGUGCACUGUAUAGGGAAUAGGGUGCAAUUUGGGAUGCAUUCAGUGGCUUGGUACUCUGCCAUACUCAUCCUAUCCUCUGGGCCUUGGCUAAACUACAGAGGGACCCACUUGGCUGGAGAAAUGACACAGGAAAUUAACAUCAAACCGCUGAUCAGACAGUCAUAUGGAAAUGAACCACUGGCAGUAUUAUUAGGUACAUGAUUCAUUUACUUUUCUCUGGCUGCUCUCAACUAAUUACCCUUUAAAGCGGACUGGAGCUAAAUGGUGAAGUUGCUGUUGUCGUCUUUUGACCCUUUCCUUCUGCCUUUCAGAUCAAGGUCCUAUUGGAAUUAUGUAACAGCAGAAAAGACAUGUGUUUAACAGGUGUGUUGUUGGAAAUAUCUCUUCUAGUAUCUUGGGUACACGGGUAAGAAGAAACACAUUGUUUGAAAACUACAACGAUUAAAUCAAACAUUAGCACCUAAUUGAAAUACUGUGUGUUGCGGAUUGCACACGAAAUGGACAUGAAUAUAUAUAUAUUUUUUAAAAGGUACAUUACUAAACCAUUCCUUCCAUCCUACAUUAUAGGACCACCAGGACCUCCAGGUAAAAUUAAUCAAUAACAUUUUUCAUCAAAUCAAAGCAUGACAAAAAGGCAUAUAGUUAUUGAUGAUCAAUACACGAUGGUGUCUGUCCCAAGGAAUUCCAGGUGUGGAUGGGAAACCAGGAUUCAAUGCUACAGAUGGUAUUCCAGGACCACCUGGAGUUGCAGGGAGACCUGGAAAAAAAGGUAAAAGACACUGUUGGUGGUUUGUGACUUUUCCUUCCAUGCAUAAGUGCUGUAUUAUGUAGACCAGUGGAGGCCGUGUCACCUUCAAUUGGAGGACUUGUAAUUCAUUCCAUUCCGGCCAUUACAACGAUUCCAUCUUCCAAUUCGAAAGUGACACCAGCCUCCACUGGUACAGUACCCAAUAACGAAAACAAAAUAAUUUUUAAAGAAAUCUUUCAAAGAAUCCAUCCAUAACUGUCAUGAUGACCCCCUGCCUGCCCAGGUCCCCCUGGGGAGAGAGGGGAGCCUGGACCUCCAGGACUGAAGGAUGAGACCUCCAAUGACAUCAUCAUAGAGGGUAAAAGAGUGUAGAGUUCUCAUUCUCUUCAAAAAUCCAUCUCACUAGCUCAUCCUACUACAUUAUCAACUACAUCUGAGCUACAAGCACGAAUUUUGCAGAUAUAGCUGCAAUUAAAAAAAAAAUGUUUUACUUGCAAUGAUCAUAAUUGUGGUUGUAUUAGAUACUGUAAAUGUGGUCCUCUGUAGCUCAGCUGGUAGAGCACGGCGCUUGUAACGCCAAGGUAGUGGGGUUCGAUCCCCGGGACCACCCCAUACACAAAAAAUGUAUGCACGCAUGACUGUAAGUCGCUUUGGAUAAAAGCGUCUGCUAAAUGGCAUAUUAUUAUUAUUAUUAUUAUGUUAGUUUCUCUGAGAAGCCUGUUCAGAUCCUGUGCCUCUGGUUGUGUUUGAAGGACCUCCGGGACCAAGGGGCCCUCCUGGCCCUGCCGGUCCCCCUGGUCUACCUGGCCCCCCAGCGACCUUAGAGGCCCCAGAACCCUCCAGAAAUAGGACCAUCCGAGCACACCUGUCGGAGAACGCCUGUCUCCAUCAAGCCAACAUGUCUGACUCUCUGGGUGAGUACGCUGUCGGAGAUUCCACCAACGAUGACACGCAUUCCACUUCACUGUCAAUGCAAAACACUGUUACAUUACAUCUCUUAGCUUCAGAGAAUACAGCCACAAGCAACGACGCCUUGAAUGUAACCGACGCAGAGAAUGUUAAUGGGAACAUCCGAGCACACACCCAUCAAGCCAACGUGUCUAUGGGUGAGCGUACUGUCCCUGGCAGAGAUUCCACCAACAAGAACUCAGAAUCACUAUGUACGAACAUACGUUUAUUCCUCACUGUAAAAUACUAUUGCAUCUUUCUCCCCUUAGAGUCAGCGAAUCCAGCCGCCAUUAAUGACACGUUGAAUGUAACUGACACCGAGAAUGUGGAAGCAAAUAACCGACAAAUGACAGACACAGAGGUUAUGGAAGAAGCUCCUUUGAAUGUAACUGUCUUAGAGAAUUUGAAAGAAACAUACACAGAGAUUGUGGAAGAAGCCCCUUUGAAUGUAACCGUCUUAGAGAAUUUGGAAGAAACUUAUUUGAAAGAAACAUACACAGAGAUGGUGGAAGAAGAAAAUAACCGACAAAUAACAGACACCGAGGUUAUGGAAGAAGCUCCUUUGAAAAUAACUGACACAGAGAAUGCGGAAGAAGCAGCUUUUAGGAAAACUGGUAUGAAACUAUUUACAUCUAUAAGGAUGUUAGAAGGUGUUGAAAUUGUCUUCAUAAUUGAUUGCAUUUUAUGUACAUUUUCAGCAGAAAUCUUCUCUGUUCCCCCCAAUGACACCUUGAACGUAACCGACACAGAGGAUGCAAAAGAAGCACCCGUUUGGAAAGCUGGUAUCAAACUAUUUCUACAUAGGCAACACUGGGGGUUUGAAUUGGGAUGUUGAAGGUAGAUAAUUUUUCCUCAUAAUUGGUUGCAUUUUGUCAACAGAAGGCCUUGACGUCUUCCCUGUUCCCACAAAUGUAACCCCAACAAUUAAAGGUACAGUCUGUAACCUUAGUUUGUACCACUGUACUGUGCCUUCAACCUUUACUCACGAGCACCCCUAGUGGAAACUGUUGCUGAGUGAAGUGUUUUGUCAUUUCAAACAUUCUUUAAUUUCCAUGUUUUUCCUUCCGUAUCCAUAUAGAAUGCAUUAUCAAAACCAUAACAUGCUUUACAAAUGUCACUCAAAUGGAAACUACAUUUGGAGUUUGGAUGCAAGACGCAGCCCAGGUGAAUGAUAACCAGAUUUGGAUGGCUGAGCACUUUUCAGGUACAGUGCCUUUGGCAAAUGGUGAAGGAAAUACCCGUAAUAUUGAGGAAAUAUGUAUUUAUAAUAGGGAAAACUCAGGGCCAAAGAAAGAAAACAGCUUGGUACAAUACAUCAAGUUUAUAUAAGUUGCAACAAUGAAGCAAUCUCCAGCAGAGCAGAAAGAGACUGUGUGUGGGCGAUUUACAUUUGGCUUUCAGGUCGAGUCUUACAGGAAUACAGGAGCAUCGCAUCAUUUCCCAACAGUAGCAGCAAGUCCAUCGACAUGAGGAAAUUCUACCAGGGCUGUGGCCACGUCAUCUACAACGGAUCAGUGUACUAUCACAAUGCAGGAACCUCUAAAGUUGUCAAGUAAGCGUUUCUUCACUGCAGUUUAAAGCAACACGUAUCAGAUACGUAUCCAAAAAAAAUCGGAAGUAUUUUGUCCCAUUCUCAAUAUUUUUGCUUUUACAGGGAUAACCUGAAGACCAGGAGAUUACAGACACUGGCCAUUGAGAAUGCCCUUUACCACAAUCUGACCUAUCUCUUCCACAACUCCAAGACAUACUUUAAGUUUGCCGUGGACGAGAAUGGACUGUGGCUCAUCUAUGCUUCGGUUGUCGAGGAAACCAUGAUGGUAGCCAAGUUAGACCACAGGAGGUUUUCUGUGUUGUCUGUGGUUGACACGUCCUAUCCUCUGUUGAAAGCUGGGAAUGCCUUCAUUGCACGUGGAGUUCUGUACGUGACUGACACCAAAGACACGAAAAUCACACACGCCUUUGAUUUAAUGAGAGCGAAACCUUUGAAUGUAAGUUUGGAUCUCAGAUCAGCCAAUGGUAUUAUGGCUAUGUUGUCAUAUUAUCCCAAAAAUCAACUUUUGUAUAUGUGGGACAACAGCUCUGUGAAAAUAUGCAAGGCUUAUUUUACUUUGGAUCAAAAAGUAUAGUCAAAUCUUAUUGGUCGUGGGAGAAUUAAACAUUCUGCCUAUGUCUUGAGCUUAUUACAUGUCAAUGACGUGAUCUGUUCAUAAUAUUUUUGAAUUUUAGUGUCAUAAAAUAUAUAUUUUUGUAUAAUGUAGCAUCA